GUAGAAAACAUUUGUCUCUUGCGGGAUUACAAUACUAAUAGUUUGGCAUCAAUAUUCUUCCAAAACAUUACGGUCAAAAUGAGUACUUGUGCUGUCAAAAACCAAUUGCUUGAAAAGGGCUGUGAUGCAAGGAAUAAAGGGAAUUAUCAAUUGAUAGCAAUACCAGAAAAAGUAGCAGAACCAGCACCAUUGUGUAACGUAGUGAGUGAAAAAUAUCUGAGUGAAUUAAAGGAAAUUAUUGAUAAGAACAGUGAAGAUCAUUUAACUAAGACAUGUAAAUCAGACAUAGACGAUGCAUUCAAGAAUGUCCAUGACCAAGAAGGCUGUAACAAUAAAGACCAUCUUGCACUCACAAUCAAUACCCUUGUUGAAACAAUUGUAGAAUGUACUCAUUACUUUCCUGAAGUUGAGAAGAAGAAAAUACAAGAGGUUUUCAUCAAUAUGAAGAUACAAAAAGAGAGAUAUAAAACAAUGCUUAAACCAGUAUCUUCAGAAAAUACAACAAAACCAAAAACACAAACUGUGAAUGUUUCAUCAAAUCUAGUGGUAGUUGAAAGUCACAAGGGACAAGAUUUACACAUUUCAGCGACUGACUGUUAUAUUAUUAUAAACUGUAAUGAUAUUAAAGUUAACAUGCUGGAUUCUGAACCAUGGAAGAAUGAUGUGAAUGAAUUAUUUAACAAAAAGAGAGGAACUGUCAGAAGGAAAAGUAUAGGGAGCAUUAAAUUAUUGGUGACAUUCCAGUCUAAAGAAGCACUAGAGAAAUUCCAAGAUGAAUACAAAAAAGGAAUUACAGAAAAAGAAAUUCAUGAAAUCCUACUGAAGCAUAAGCUAAUUGAACAAGAAUCUCGGAUAGAUGUCAUCAUUAACACAGCCUGGAUUAAUAUUUCAUUGGAAGAGUUUGAGACGAUAGAUAAGGAAAUAAUAGAUCUAGUUCCAUUCAUGGUGGCAGCAUACAAUUGUGAAAACAUGGAACAACUGGACUCUAAUCUAGCUUCUAUACUUGAGAAAAGAAUCACUUAUUUGCAAUCUAGAUUUUAUCUAACUCAACAUACUGCUUGUGGGUAA